AUGGAAGAUCUUCCAGAGACAGGAAAAAGGAAAGUUUUGUGGCCUGUCUCAAGAGAAGUCUUAGUCAAUGUCCUUCAAGUUCAAUGUCCUUCAAGUGAGAAAGAAAAAGAAGAACUGAAGAAGAUUCCUUAUGCAUCCGCCGUUGGCAGCUUGAUGUACGCUAUGGUAUGCACAAGACCAGAUAUUGCUCAUGCUGUUAGUGUUGUUAGCCGAUUUCUUUCAAAUCCAGGUAAAGAACACUGGAAUGCUGUAAAGUGGAUUCUCAGGUAUCUUAAGGGCACUUCCAAAAUGUGCUUAUGUUUUGGUGAUAAUAGACCUGUGUUAGAUGGUUACACAGAUGCAGACAUGGGUGGUGAUGUUAAUUCGAGCAAAUCAACUUCUGGAUAUCUGAUGACCUUUGCAGGUGCAGCAGUUUCUUCGCAAUCAAAAUUGCAAAAAUGCGUUGCACUCUCAUCCACUGAGGCGGAAUAUAUCACUGAGGCGGCAACAACACCUGAGUUUACAAUUUCCAGUUACCAAGAUUUCCUGCUCCAAAAUUUGGAAAAUGCUAUUAAAAGACUGUACAAUAAAGGAGGGCGGAGGUUUGCGUUGACGAGCCUAGAACCGGUGGGGUGUUUGCCGAUACAAGUGACACUCAGUAGCAACCAAUCAAGCAAUGCCACGUCUCAACGUAUGUGUGUCGAACAACAGAAUAUGGAUAGUGUUGCCUUUAAUAUAAAGCUUCAGGGUUUAGCUUCAAGAUUGGAAAAUCAAGAUCUUCAGAAUGUCAAGGUUGCUUAUUAUGACACGUAUAGUACUUUGUUGGAUAUGAUUAACAACCCAGCUAAAUACGGAUAUGAACAAACACUAAAAGGUUGUUGCGGGAGUGGGCUCUUUGAAUUCGGACUUUCAUGUAAUGUGACAACAACAUGUCCUGAUGCAUCAAAGUAUGUUUUUUGGGAUGCUGUUCAUCCAACACUACAAGUAUAUUCUAAUCUUGCCAAUAUAGCUCAAGAGACUGUGAUUCCGCAUGUUCUUGGUUAUUAA